AGUCAGAAGACUGGCCUCUCAGAGAUUUACUCUUUGCCUGACAGAAGUCAAGCACCUCGCCCCGUUUUCAAAAAGGUCGAUCAGCUGUCAAACGUGUCUGUGAGUCUCCGAGAGCAUCAUCUGUCUCUGCACUGGUCGCCGCACCUGGGACCGACCGCAUAAGCAUCAGAAACGACAUGGACUCAGCACUGUCUCUCUCAGCCCAGAAUGUCCGGCCUUCGAGCCAUGACAUCUCUACAGUCUCCUCCCUAGACCUCCCCAAACCUGUUCUCGUCAAAGGUGCAACUAGAGGCGUACCCGAUACCUAUCAGCGUCGGAUCACCCACACCAUCACCUCGCUCUCUGAAACGCUUGCUGAACAUCGGGUCCUCCACUCGAUAGAUCAGCACCCCUCAUCCAUGGGCGGUAAACCCAUCCGUGCUGUACCGCUCAUGGGGCACCAAGGGAGUCAAGUCGAUGACCAUGGUGAUCGUGCAAUCGAUCCUAUUGUUGCUUCUUUACCUCGAUCCAUUUCAAAAAUCCCAUCGAUAUCACUGAAUCAUGCUCCAGACUUGCGAUCAAAGCUGACACCAUUGACACCUAUUCGCAUCGCUCCUGUGGCUACAGACCAUCCGGCGAGGCUCGUAUUGGAUAACGAAGAUGAUUCUGGCCUGCUGGAGGGAGACCAGACGCUCACCGCCAGACCCCGGUCCGUCUUACCUGACCCAUCGCAGACCGCGCUGCGGUCCUAUUCCCCCAGUGGCAGUCAUUCAUUGACGACUAUCAAGCCCGAUACUCUAGGACACCACAGACAGCUCUACGAAUACAAUCUUGUUCUCUCUGCCUUGGGGCACCGUCAGAGUCUCAGUAUGGAGACUGUCGUUCCUCCCCCCGUGAAGGUUGACGAAUUGGUCGUGGAGUGGUGUUAUUUCUGUGGGAAGGAAAAGGACAGAGCAGAAUUGCAGCUUGUAGAUGUAAGUGCCUCGGCAUCCUCCACAGGUCGGGGCGGCAAUCACACAGAGUCAAACGCUGGGAAUCAAUGGAUCUGUAGAGAUGGAUGUGACCCAGAGCAAGAGAUAGUAGGAGAGCGAGAUCUUUCUUGGGCCGAUCAAAUGAGCGUUGGCUCGGGCAGAGAAGCAAGAAGACUUUCCAGAGAGAGCAGAGAUACAAUGGCUUGAAGCACAUGCGUGCAAAAAUCUUGCAGCCAUCAUGUAUCUCCAGAGUCUGACCCUUUCCAUGGGUCGGGUCUGAAGUUGUUCCG